AUGCUUUGCGCCGACCUUUGCCUGAUUGGCUUGCAAUCGAAACAACCCCAAGAUCCAAGAGUGAAAGAAGGUUGUUCCAAUAGCUGGUGGGUAUUUAUGGGGUUGAUAUAUGCCCUGGUCUAUUUCUCCACAGACCAAUACGUGCCUUCGCUCCCACAGAUGGAGAAGGACUUGGGUGGUUCACAGUCAUUGAUGAGUGGAACUGUGCAGAUGAAUCUGUUCGUGAAGGCAACCUUUGGUCUGUUGGCUGCAGGUUUAUCUGACCGGAUUGGCCGCCGACCAGUCGUGUUGUUUUGCACCUUCCUUCUGUCCCUGGCCUCAUUCUGCUGUGCCUGUGCUAAUCAGAUUGAGUGGUUCAUCCUUGCGCGCGUUCUUCAAGGGAUGGGGGAGUCCAUUGAACCUGUUGUCUUCGCGAUGGCUAGGGAUCACUACCCUGAAGAACGGGUGAGGAUCAUUGCUGCACUCCAGAUGAUUGCCUUUGUGGGUAUCGCUGUUGCUCCUUUAUUUGGCGGUGUCUGUGCACACUUCCUGGACUGGCGAUCCUCAUUUUUUUCCUUGGCAUUAAUUUGGAUGUUGGUGGGUUUUUACGCUUGUGCAAACAUGAUGGAAUGCUGUCCUGAUGGUCCUCGUGAAAGCUAUUUCAAGGAUGUACAGCGCAUUCUGAACCCGCACCUUAUCUGCUUGCUGCUGAGCGAGAGCUUUAUCAUGGGAGCGUAUUUCAUCUUCAAUGCCAAUAGCAGCUAUUUGGUUGAGGUCAGCUUCGGCCAAUCUGAGCUGUCCUCAUCCAUGGGCAUGUUCGGCUUUGCUGUGUUUUGUGGUUUGGGAACCUGGUUUCUUGAUCAGGUUCCGAUGAGUGUCCUGAGUCGGGGUCGAUGGGCUUCCGGCCUCCUGGCCAUCAGUGGCAUCAUGUCCUUAUUUCUGACAGCUUACUUUCCGAAUGACUUCUGGGCGUACCUGGUGGGAUCCUUCGUGCAGGGUUCCAUGAUGAUCGCCAGCUUGGUUGCCGCCAACGUGCUCUUUUUCGAGCCCUUGGAGGACUGCGCUGGCAUGGCUGCCUCCUUUGAGAUUCUGGCACAGAGUGUGCUUCCCUCGUUCUUCUCGGCCUUUGCCACGCAGUCCAUGAUUCACUUCAGAGAGCCUGUGGUGGGUCUGACACUGCCGCAGGCGAGCUGCUGCAUGGCCGCGGGCGCACUGUUCUGGCUUGGUAUCUCUUUCCCACCACGACCUCGGCCUUUCCUGCAUCUUCCCCUGCUUUUGCAGGACAGUGAACAGUGUUUUGGUUGUUCAUUGAGGUGA